UUUCAACCCAUCUCACCACAACAUGGCACCAACACCGGACGAGCUCGAAGACCUGGUGCUGAGCGCGCGCUACGGCGACCUCGAGGACGUACAGGCGUUCGCGGACGCGCACGGCUGGGAAGCAGUCGCGGCUGCGCGGGACGACCGCGGUAACUCGGCGCUGCACAUGGCCUGCGGGAACGGGCAUGUCGACGUCCUCAACCUCAUCCUCUCCAAUGUCCCCGCCUCCGCCCUCCCGGCCCUCAUCGCCGCGAAGAACGAGGCGGGCUCGCCUGCCGUCCACUGGGCUGUGCUCAACAACCACGUCGCGGCGGUACAAGCGCUCGUGGAGGUGCCCGAGGCGAGCGGCGGCGGCAUCCAGGUGUUGAAGGAAACGAACGCCGCGAAGCGCGACGCGUUCGCCGAGGCCGUCUUCGCCGGCGAGGGGAAGGAGGAGGUCGCGGGAUGGAUCGAGGGAUAUGUGUGGAAGAUCGAGGGCGACGACGACGAGGUGCGUGUCUCCGCCGGGGAGGUGACGGACGACGAGGUGCCGUCCCGCGACGAGCAGGCCGAGGCGGUCGAUGAGGUCGCGGACAAGGCGGGGCAGCUCAAGGUGUAGAUAUUGUAUGCAUGUAUGGCUGAGG